AUCAAUUGUUACGAUUGCAAAUUGGUUUGAUUUUAGAAAAAAAUAUAAUAUUAAUAACAUAAAUUAAUAUUCAGUGAUUCAAAUUGUUGUUUAUCUGUUACUUAAAUGACCAUUUUUUGUGAAACAUCAAUGUUAAAUCAAAAUGAACGAGCCUCUAUUACCAAUAACAAAGCAUGAAAACCAUUCACGUAACAAAAGCGUAGAAAUAAUAAAAAGUGGAUAUUGGAAAAGUUCGUUAUUAUGGGUGCCAGUUAUUGUGUGUAUCACAAUAUUAAUUAUCGUGGAUUUGAUUGAAAUACAAUCGUAUUCAGUGUACAACAAUCAUAUACCACAUUCAAGUGUUGAAAAAUUGAAAAAAGAGCCAAGCACAUUGUUCACAAUCGACCAAGAAGGAUGUCGUAUUCCGUACUUAGAAGAGAAUGAUCGUAGUAUCAAACAAUAUAUUUUUAAACCCAACCCUAUAAAUUGUACCGUUGAUACUCCAGACAUAGUGACACAAACGCAUAAUACAAUUUUUAUAGACGCUAGAAAUUAUUCAUCAGUAAAAUGUUGUUAUCGAAGCUUUUGGCGACGAAAUCCAAAACCAAAAGAGAAAGAUACACAAUACAUAAAGAGUUCGUUAUGCACAAAUAUGGAAAAUAAUGAAUUUACUGAAAUUAGUGAUGAAUUUAUAAUUGUUCAAUGUACGAUAGACAACAAAAAAUAUUCAUAUUUUCAUAGUUUUGUACAAAAGAAUAAAAUUAGUGAUAAACUUAAAUUAAAAGUCAAUAAUAAUGGCGAAUAUUUAAGUGUUUUAGUUAUAGGAUUAGAUGCGAUAUCCCGUUUAAAUUUUCGACGACAGAUGCCAAAAACAUUUAAUUAUUUAAGGAAAACAUUGGAUGCUAAGGAAAUGAUUGGGUAUAAUAAAGUUGGUGAUAACACAUUUCCAAAUUUAAUGGUUGUCUUAAAUGGGAUGACUGACGACGAAAUUGAACAUACAUGCUUAGCUGAAACAAAUCAAGAACGUUUUGAUAAAUGUCCGCUAGUUUGGAAAAUGUUCGAUGAAAGUGGAUAUAUAACAGCUUUUGGCGAAGAUGCAACGUACAUGGGAUUAUUUACAUAUUCCCGAAAGGGAUUUUUUAAUCCACCGACUGAUUUUGAUUAUCGAGUAUUUGAUCAACUUGCCGAAGACGAAAUUGGACAUAAUCAUUUAUUAAAUAGUGAUUUGUGUUUAGGUAAUGAUUUACGGAUAACUAAAUUAUUACAGUAUAUUAAAGAUUUUGCAACUACAUUCAAAAAGCAUCCAUAUUUUGGUUUUUUCUGGGGCGUAUCAAUGUCCCAUGAUUAUUUAAAUCAUCCAUGUCUUACAGAUGAAAUGCAUUAUCAAUUGCUUAAAGAUUUGUAUGAAAGUGGAUCUUUGAAGAAUACUGCAUUGUUUGUGAUGAGUGAUCACGGAAUACGUUGGGGUGGUAUUCGUUCAACUUAUCAAGGUUUUUUAGAGGAACGUUUACCAACCUUGUUUGCAUACACACCACAGUGGUUUCGUGAUAAAUAUCCAUCAGCUUGGGCCAAUUUAAUAACAAAUACUCAUAGAUUAACCACUCCCUUUGAUUUACAUGAAACAUUUAUGGAUUUGAAGAAUUUAAAUUUUUUAAAAACGGAAAAAUUAAAAAUGCGAUUAAAAUUAAGUAAAGAUAACAAUACGGCAAGCAGCCGUGGUUUAAGUUUAUUUUUACCAAUUUCCAAAGAACGUACUUGUCAAAUGGCAGCGAUACCGAAUCAUUUUUGUACAUGCCAAUCAUUUAGGCCAUUAAAUGUAUCUUUAGAAAUAGUUCAAGAUGUUGGACAGUUUGUUGUUGAUGAAAUGAAUAGAUUACUAAUUGGCUACAAAAGUUGUGCUGAAUUAAAAUUAGAACAAAUUAUUAGUGCUAGUGUAGGUAUUACUAAUGUAGGAACAAAAGAAAAAUUAAAACAUAUAAAUCCCGAGUAUACUGUUACACUAAUUACAACUCCUGGCCAAGGCAAGUUCGAAGCAUCGGUAAGAUGGAAUGCUGGUGUUCCACAACUUACUGGCACAAUUAGUCGAAUUAAUUUGUAUGGGACUCAAAGUCGAUGUAUAAGUGAUUUUCAUUUGAAAUUGUAUUGUUAUUGUCAAUCGACAUUUAGAUAAGAUUAUGUUUUUGUUGAAAUUUUUUAUGAUUGUCUAGUUUCCAUGCUAAAUUCAUUGAAUUUUUGAACAUUUACAGUGUGCCACGAAUAAAGUUGACAAGCAGCUAUUUUUAACCUCCGACGCAAAAAGAGGGUUGUUAUAUGUUACGGAGCUACUGUGUCACAGGCAGACUACUAUAUAUGUCUGUCUGUGGCACCGUAGCUCUUAAACGGUUAAGCCGAAUGGAAUGCGGUUUUCGUUUGUUUGAAAGGUAAUUUGAUAGAGAGUAUUCUUAGCUAUGUCUGAGAAGGCGGUGUCGGGGGUUUUUUAAAUUUUGUUAAUUUCACUUGUCUUUACUUAUGUUCACCUAGAACCGAAUCGAUCUCAAUUUAACGGCGUUCAUAAAUCAAAGAUAUUGGGAGAGAAAAAAAUUAUGAUUAAUACAAAAAUAAUUAAUAUGAUAUUGAAUGAUUUAAAAAAAAAAGAGUACUUUAAUCGAAAGAAUUUCGUUUAAUUUUAAUAAAAUUUACAAAAAGUAAUGUUAUGCAUGAAACUAAACGUACAAUAUCUAUCGAUAUUUCAAAAAAAAUAACUUUGAUACCUAUACUUGAAGUUUUUACAAGUUAAUAAUUAUUAUCUAAAUUAUCAGAAUUUCACAAUUUUAAAAAAACCCAGGUGUUUUCUGCCGAUCGCACCGUUCUAGAUUUGAAAGGAUACACACCCUUAUUGCUAACCAAAAAGUCAAUCAAGCUCAAUUUAAAGAUCAAUUCAGAUUUAAGGAAAGGUCUCAGAUGUUAUAGGGCACCCGGUAGGAACGACAUAGUUUGCGACAUAUUAUGCAUUAAAUUGUUUUUGUAACUGUAUUAGGUACUCUUCUCGAUUUCUUCUGAGUCAUUUUCGCAAUUCAUUGUUAAUAUUCAUAACAAAAUGAACACAAUUGUUUGUGUAAAUUUAUAUGAAAAUAAUUCAAAUCAUAUCA